AAGGGGUUGCGAAAAAAAAAAAAAGAGGCUCUCCUUCGCUGCUUCGUUCCACUCCAUUUUCUUGUUUGCUUGGUCCCUAUAUAUUCUUCCAGCGCUCAAUUCUUCUACCGAAGUUCUAAUCGAGAGAGAAUGGAGAGACAAACACCCACUCCCAAUUCGCGCGAGAGUUUGGAGCUAGACGACCGCGGGAGCUCGUCGUGGGAGAUGGGCAGCAGCACCAGCAACGAUCACGAGGAGAGUAAGGUGAGGAGGAAGAAGAGGGGGAAUUCCAAGCAGGCGAUCGCGAUUGACGAUCACACCACCAGCAAGAGGUCGAGGAAGGCGAAUUCUCCUUCUUCCUCGUCCGGCAAGAACAGGGGAGUCGAGAAUUCCACGCCCACUGCAGUGGCGUCGAGUGAUUUCCAUUGCACCGCCACCACUUUCGUCCAGGCCGAUGCCUCCAGCUUCCGGGAUCUCGUCCAGCGGCUGACUGGCGCGAGCGAUGAUUCGAUCAAGAUGCCCAUCACCAAGGCCUCGGGCCAGGGCCGCCCAAACCUCUCCUCCAAGCGCUCGCAAGCCGCCAUGAAAUUCUUCCAGCAGGGCCAGCUCCAGGAUCCGCCCAAGCAUAUGGUGAUCAAGGCUCUUCCUUCCACGAAGAAUCUCUUCCUCAAGAAUGCCAUGACCGAUCUCCUCAGUCCCAAAUCGCCGCUCUCUCUGGCGCUAAAUCCCUCUCCCAGUAGCAGUGCCUCUUCUUCCUCCAGCUCCUCGCGGCAUCAGCGCGAGCUCCCGGCGGCCAUGAAUCGGAUGUUUUUGCAGCUGGAAUCGCCGCGGCCCAGCAGCAAAUUGGAGCUCCUGCCGCUCUUUCCCAUGCGCUAGCCCAGGCGUGGCCACCACCAUUUUCAACUUCUCUUUCUUCAUAGAUCGUUUAGUUUACGUCCAAAGUUCCAUUCGCGGAAGAACAGUUCGUGUAAAAUCUAUUAACUAAACAGCAAAGUUUUAAACUUCAUCA